AUGGCCCUGGCACUGCAGCCCCUGAGAGACAGUGCAGUCAUUAUUUCUUCAUUUGUUGCAGGAGAGAAUUUCGACCAGAGCCCCUUAAGAAGAACCUUCAAGUCCAAAGUUUUGGCCCAUUAUCCUCAGAACAUUGAGUGGAACCCCUUCGACCAGGAUGCCGUCAACAUGCUGUGUAUGCCCAAAGGGCUGUCUUUCAGGACGCAGGCAGAUAACAGAGAUCCGCAGCUCCAUUCAUUCAUCAUCACCAGAGAAGAUGGCUCUCGUACAUACGGGUUUGUGCUCACAUUCUACGAGGAGGUCACGAGCAAGCAGAUCUGCACAGCCAUGCAAACGCUCUACCAGAUGCACAAUGCAGAGCAAUAUAGCAGUGUCUGUGCCUCCUCCUCGUGUAGCAUGGACUCCCUGGCUAGCAGCAUCGAUGAGGGCGAUGCCACUUCCCUUGCCAAGCUCCAGCGGUACAACUCCUACGAUAUCAGCAGAGACACGCUGUACGUCUCCAAAUGCAUAUGCCUCAUCACCCCUCUGCCCUUCAUGCAAGCCUGCAAGAAGUUCCUGAUCCAGCUCUAUAAGGCAGUGACCUCCCAGCAGCCGCCUCCUCUGCCCCUGGAGAGCUACAUCCACAACAUCCUCUACGAGGUGCCCCUGCCGCCCCCAGGGAGGUCGCUGAAGUUUUAUGGGGUUUACGAGCCCAUCAUUUGCCAGAGACCUGGGCCCAACGAGCUGCCGCUCUCUGACUACCCGCUGCGGGAGGUCUUCGAGCUGUUGGGCCUGGAGAACCUGGUCCAGGUUUUCACCUGCGUUCUUCUGGAGAUGCAGAUCCUUCUGUACUCACAAGAUUAUCAGCGUCUGAUGACGGUGGCGGAGGGGAUCACGACGCUGCUGUUCCCGUUUCAGUGGCAGCAUGUGUAUGUCCCCAUCCUUCCUGCCUCUCUCCUGCAUUUUCUGGACGCUCCUGUUCCCUACCUGAUGGGGCUGCAGUCCAAGGAGGGAACCGACCGCUCCAAGCUGGAGCUGCCUCAGGAGGCAAACUUGUGCUUUGUAGACAUUGAUAACCAUUUCAUCGAACUGCCAGAGGAAUUCCCCCAGUUCCCCAACAAGCUGGAGUUUAUCCAGGAAAUCUCUGAGGUUCUCCUGCAGUUUGGGAUCCCGCCGGAGGGUAACCUGCACUGCAGCGACAGCGCCACCAAACUCAAGAACCUGGUUCUUAGCGACUUGGUGAACGACAAGAACGGGAACAUCCCCGGCAACGCCCUCAACAUGUACGAGCUGCUGAAAGGCAAUGAGACGAUCGCCCGCCUGCAAGCCCUCGCCAAGAGAACGGGUGUGACGAUGGAAAAAAUGACCAUCACGGCUCCCCUCGCGGAGAAGGAGAAGGAUGGGAAAUUGCCAUGUGAGGAGGUGGAGCUGAGGGACUACAAACUGAACGUGCAGCUUCGCGAGGUUUUCGCCAACCGCUUCACGCAGAUGUUCUCAGACUAUGAGGCUUUCGUCAUUCAGGCUGCCCCUGAUAUGGAGUCGUGGCUGACAAACAGGGAACAAAUGCAAAACUUUGACAAAGCUUCCUUCCUUUCGGACCAACCCGAGCCUUACCUCCCAUUCCUUUCACACUUCAUCGAAACACAGAUGUUUGCAACCUUCAUAGACAAUAAGAUAAUCUCCCAGUGGGAAGAGAAGGACCCUUUUCUGCGAGUUUUUGACUCCCGAAUUGAGAAAAUAAGGCUAUAUAAUGUAAGGGCCCCUGCACUGCGGACAUCCAACUAUCAGAAAUGCAGCACUUUGAAAGAAGCAGCCCAGUCCAUCGAGCAGCGGCUGAUGAAGAUCGAUCACACAGCCAUCCACCCACACUUACUUGAUAUGAAGAUCGGCCAAGGGAAGUACGAACAAGGAUUUUUCCCAAAGUUGCAGUCGGACGUCUUGGCAACGGGACCUACCAAUAACAACCGCUGGGCCAGUCGCAGCACGACCGCGCAGCGGAGGAAAGACCGCCUGCGGCAGCACUCGGAGCACAUCGGGCUGGACAACGACUUGAGGGAGAAAUACAUGCAGGAGGCAAGGAGUUUAGGAAAAAAUUUAAGGCAGCCCAAACUCUCAGACCUCUCUCCAGCUGUGAUUGCGCAGACCAACUGGAAAUUUGUGGAAGGGUUACUGAAGGAAUGUCGCAUGAAGACUAAACGCAUGUUGGUAGAGAAGAUGGGCCAUGAAGCAGUCGAACUGGGACAUGGAGAAGCCAACAUAACAGGUCUGGAGGAAAAUACAUUGAUUGCUAGUCUCUGUGAUCUGCUAGAAAGAAUCUGGAGCCAUGGUCUGCAGGUCAAGCAGGGGAAAUCUGCUUUGUGGUCCCAUUUACUUCAGUACCAGGAGAGAGACGAGAAGCAAGACCAUAGUGCAGAGUCCCCAGUUGCUGUUGGAACAGAAAGACGAAAGUCUGAUACAGGAAUUACUCUGCCUACUCUGAGGGUUUCCCUGAUACAAGAUAUGAGGCAUGUUCAGAACAUGAGUGAGAUAAAGACUGAUGUGGGGCGAGCCCGAGCCUGGAUAAGGCUUUCUCUGGAGAAGAAGCUUUUGUCUCAGCACCUGAAGCAGCUGCUUUCCAACCAGGCACUUGCCAAGAAACUUUACAAGCGUUAUGCUUUCCUGCGCUGUGAAGAAGAACGGGAACAGUUUCUGUAUCACCUGCUCUCACUCAAUGCUGUGGAUUACUUCUGCUUCACAAGCGUCUUCACCACAAUCAUGAUCCCUUAUAGGUCAGUGAUAAUUCCCAUCAAAAAACUAAGCAAUGCAAUAACCACGUCAAACCCAUGGAUUUGUGUGUCGGGAGAACUAGGAGAUACAGGCGUAAUGCAGAUUCCUAAAAACCACCUAGAAAUGACAUUUGAGUGCCAGAAUUUAGGGAAGCUGACAACCGUUCAGAUUGGUCAUGACAACUCAGGGCUACUAGCCAAGUGGCUGGUUGAUUGUGUCAUGGUCAGGAAUGAAAUAACAGGACACACGUACAAGUUUCCCUGCGGGCGAUGGCUGGGAAAGGGUGUUGACGAUGGCAGUUUGGAGCGAAUACUCAUUGGAGAGCUGGUGUCCUCCACGUCUGACGAAGAGCUGGGAAAGCAGUGCCGUACCCCACCCCAGCAGAAAUCUCCUACCACGGCUCGACGACUGAGCAUCACUUCCCUCACAGGGAAGAACACCAAGCCUAAUGCGGGACAGAUCCAAGAGGGAAUCGGGGAAGCCGUGAACAAUAUUGUGAAACACUUUCACAAGCCAGAGAAAGAGAGAGGAAGCCUUACCAUUCUGUUGUGUGGAGAAAACGGUCUGGUCGCAGCACUGGAGCAGGUCUUCCACCAUGGAUUCAAAUCAGCUCGCAUUUUUCAUAAGAAUGUCUUCAUCUGGGAUUUUAUAGAGAAAGCUGUUGCUUAUUUUGAAACCAGUGACCAGAUUGGCGACAAUGAGGAGGCCCUUUUGCUUCAGAGGUCUUCAUGCAAAACCUUCUGUCAUUAUGUGAAUGCCAUCAAUACAGCUCCAAGGAACAUUGGAAAGGACGGCAAAUUCCAAAUUCUGGUUUGCCUGGGGACGAGGGACCACUUGCUCUCUCAGUGGAUCCCGUUGCUGGCAGAGUGCCCGCCCAUUACAAGGAUGUAUGAGGAGAACGCUCUCCUACGGGACCGCAUGACUGUCAACUCCCUUAUCCGAGUCCUACAAACAUUGCAAGAUUUCAACAUCAUCCUAGAAGGAUCGCUCAUUAAAGGAGUGGAUGUUUAGCAUGGCUUUGCUGAGAACUUCAUUAUUCCUUUCCCAAGCAAGCAAACCACAACUGGAGAUCUGUCAGGACUUGAAGGCAAUGGUAGUGCACCACUGUAAGGCAAAGCUGCCGGUUGAAGCGGGAGUAGGAAGCCCAGUUUGAGCCCAAUGGGGACUGUCCUCUAAAGCUGCAGAAAGCUGAGAUGCAGUACUGUAGUUUAUUUGAAACAGAAAUUUAGUAUAAAAUAGAGUAUUUUCAUGUGUUAGAUGUGUGUAAAUAUGCUAUCUUCUUUAAGAAAUUAUAUUACUCUAAGAAAUUUUUCUUAGACUGAAUGUUCUUGUUCUGACUAUGAGUAGCUUAAACCCAGGGGAAGGACUGGGGGGAGGGAAGGACGGAGGUGGGAACGGAUGCCGCUGCUUGCUUGCAAGGAAGAAGCCAAUCAAUGUGUAAAUACAGUGCAAACUCAGCAGGGCUUUUUUCAGGUAUUGCAAAUUAAUACAGCAAAUAUCCUUAUGUAGCCAUUGUGAUUGUCUCACUCUUGGAAAUAUUGUAAGCAUAUGCUGUUUUACCCUACUGUACAUGGUCUCUCUUAGUUUUUUGUUUGUUCAAAGACUCAACCCUUUCCAUGCACGGAAGUUGAGUCGUCAUUUUUCUUCUGUAAGGUCUUUUGUGUCACUUCUGUUGAUCUCCAAAAGGAGAGAUAAGUGUUGAAAUGCUUAAACACUGGAGAGGAGGACUGCUGUCAGCCUCGGAGCCUGAGAGUAUGAGAGACCUGUUUAAGCGGCGCUGCUGCAGCCUGAGAUGGGGAAUGAUGGCUUGCUUGACUUGCUCGGUGUGUCCCUUGCCUGUCUAGGUGUUCUGAUGAUUCCCCCUCACCCUCAGCCAGUUUGUGUUGUGGAUGACUUUUUUUUUUUUCCCCAUGCUGAAGAAUUUGGUUCGUACCAAAUUCUUGCUGUACUUGAGAAGAAUCAUUGCUGUAGAGCCACAAACACCAAUGUUGCUGCGCUACUGAACUGUAUCAGCUGAUUUUGAAAUGCUGACAGGUUAUGAGUCUUCCUUUAUCCCACAGAAUGAGCGUUCCUAGGAAGUACAGGAUCUUUGAUUACUUUUUUUUUCUUCUAAAUUAUCCAGCUA